UAGCAAUAACCAAACUAUGAGCACGGAUAAAGCUGAUGUAUUCCUUGGGUCUUCCGAUGCUAAAGAUGACCUAGAAGUUGAUGGCAGCAAACUGAACACAUGGACGCGGAGAGAUGAACUUAACGUGUGGAAGAAUGUCAUGGUCAUUGGAUUUGGUUUCAUGUUCCUGUUCACCGCAUUCCAGAACAUGGCAGCCCUCCAGUCUUCUCUGAACCCGAGUGACGGUAUAGGGGUCUACACGUUAGCUAUCAUCUACGCAACCAUCAUCCUGAGCUGCUUCUUCUUACCUACCAUAUUCAUUAAAACGUUGAAGGUGAAGUUGUCUUUAGUGGUGUGUCAAGCUAUGUAUACUCUCUACAUCGCCGCUCAAUUCUACCCUAAAUGGGGAACCCUCAUCCCGUCCUCCAUUCUUCUCGGAUUGGCGGCGGCCCCAAUGUGGUCUGCAAAGUGCACCUACCUGUCGCAGAUGGGAACCUACGUCGCCAAAGUGAAGGGGACUAGCUCGGAGGUCCUGAUUAACCGGUUCUUUGGGAUCUUCUUCUGCAUGUUCCAGACAUGGGGCAUCUGGGGCAACAUCGUCACCGCAACAGUGCUAGCCCCAAAGAGCGACUGGAUGGAGCCUGAUGCAGCAGGACUAGCUCAGUGUGGAGCUAACUUUAAGGUAGUACACGACGUGGUAGCCGAGGUUACAGACAAGGGAGGGGAGGUGGAAGAGGCUGGUGUUGCUAAGGAACAAGUCUACAUGCUGGCAGGGAUUUACCUCGUCUUCGCUAUCAUCGGUCCUACCAUCAUAUUCUUCUUUCUAGAUCCUCUAUCUAAAUACGGGGAGGACGAACGAAAAGAACAAAAGGGUAAGUCAGGAGUACAGUUGCUGAUGGCUACCUUCUCCCACUUUGCUAAGAAUAAGUACCAGAUGCUAAUCAUGCCCAUCACCAUCUGGAGCGGGCUGGAGCAAGGAUGGUUUGGGGCUUCUUUCACAGCUGCGUUCAUUACAUGUCCUAUCGGAGUUCACAAUAUUGGAUACAUCAUAAUCGUGUACGCCUCAACUGAUGCCAUUUGCUCUUUCCUGUUCGGCUGGAUUCUCAAGAGAAUUGGCAGAAUUCCUGUUUUCCUCAUGGCGGCGGUGUUCAACAUGUCGGUUAUAUUGAUUCUGUUACACUGGACUCCAACUGUGGAACACAAAGCUUACCUUUACCUCUUUGCUAUUCUCUGGGGUAUGGGCGACGCUGUUUGGCAAACACAAAUCAACGCUUUCUACGGAGUGAUCUUCCCGGGCCAAGAGGAGCCAGCCUUCUCCAACUACCGUCUUUGGGAAAGUCUCGGGUUCCUGGCAGCCUAUCUGAUCGGCAACAACAUCGUUCUGAGUACGUUCAUGUGGAUACUAGUGGGGUGGCUAUCUGUCUCCUUCGUGGGAUACAUCAUCAUAGAAGUGUUGGAGUACAAGAGAACCGGUCACUACAGCAUCUACCUGUGUGAUGGCGGCAAGACUACAGCCGUAGAGCAGGAUCAUUAGGAGUUUUAUUUGAUAGGAGAAACGGUGAUUAAAUCACAAAAUUAGAGUCGAAAUGUAGUUUUGAAAUAUAGGUUCAUUUAAACUCUGAACUCCGCACCAGUUUGAGGACAAAAGGUUGUAAAUUUUGCCGCUAGUAGGAAAAACAGUUGGGCAUUUUCAUUAAAUAAAGUGGGAGCGUAGAGAUCUGGAGAUCUGGUGUAAUUUGAUCUGAGAUUAUAUGCUAUACUAGUCCGGAGUUUAGAGUUUUACUAUAGACACAUUUUUGAAGUAGGUAACGAAAAUAUUAAAAUGUAUUUAAAGUAAAAGAAAAGUUUUAAUUAGGUUUUUAAUGCUACCAUGUAGAUGAAAUUUAUAACGAUUUUUAUACAUUUUAUAACGGUAAUUUUAAUAUACAGCGGGCUGACUUGCUGAAUCACGAGUUUUUAGAGACUGGCAUUGACGAAAUUAGACUUAUCUAUAACAUCACCAGUUUUUUAAUGUUCAUUUCAUGACUUUUGACGUUUCACAAUUUUUUUAACGU